GUUGAGAAGCAAACCAGAGUUGCCAGACGAGUUUCUGUCGACGCACGACGAGCUCACUUUCACGGUUCUGUUACGGGGUCUCGUCCGACGAAGUUCUCCAUAUUCACGAGAAGUCAUUUACGCGACACAAAGUAGUGACAGAAGUGCAGUGCAAAAACAACAUACAACUCACCUGCUUUCAUCGAAAAAUCGUGUUGGAAAUCGUUUGAUUUAAUCCGAAUCGCAUGUAGAAACGUCGGCUUGAUGCAUACUUCGAUUCGACGGUGAAAUAAACAGUGAAGGUUUAUAAUAAAAGCAAGUGCAUGUCUUCGAAGAGCGAGACAUUUAGCGCGACAUACGUACGAAUUCAUAAAGCACGGAUGUCCGGAAUUCGAUGACAAUCGUGAAAUAGAGAAGCGAAACAAGAGAAGUUGCUGCACCUGCCGCAGUAGUUUCUCGCGGCGCCACUCACGUGUUGCAUGUGUACCGUGGUUAUCCAUCAUGGUCGCGGACUAGGAACAGCUCCGAUUGGUCGGUUUUGUGGUCACGUGGUAUGGUAAUUGGGCUCCGGUGGGCGGGAAGGAGCGAACGAGGUCGUAGAGGAUCGCGAAAGUGGCGGAAGGAGAGGAGAGAAUAAGCAGCUGUGUGUCCACCGGGAGUCCUGUGCUCGUUGUGGCCCCGCUCUUUCCAUUUCUUUUCUCUUUUUCUCCCUCUCCUUCUUUCUCUCUUUUCCUCCUUUCGAGAAAACGUCACCCCUUUUAGCGCAAGAGACGGUGAGGUGUGGACGAUGGACCAUAGCGCAGUGCCGUGCAGUGUAAGCUUGUGAGAAUGAAUAUUAACACGAAAUGGUGCAUCGGAUCGAAAAACUAAUAUAGAAGGCAAGAUAAGUAGACAAAAAGAAAAGAAGAUCGCGAUCGUUUGAGAGUCAUCUACGCCACAUCGUGCGUGCGUGUGUGUGCUUUUAAGAAAGUAUUUGCCGCGAACAUGAGUUCCUUCCUGAUGAAUGCCGGUGGCUAUCAUAAUCACCAGCAUCACCAGCAGGCUGGAAAUCAUCACUUGGCCGCCACUUCUGUCAUGGUCGAUCCCAAGUUUCCGCCUAAUGAGGAAUACAGUCAGAGUAAUUAUAUACCUUCGACAGGGACGGAUUUCUUCUCGGGUGGGAACAGUGGUCACCAUUUAGCCCAUCCACAAUCUCAGCUGCAGUACGGCUAUCACCAGCAUCAUCAUCAGGCAGCGUCGACUCCUUAUGGAGCUUCCUCCGCGGUGCAAUUAAACGGCGGAUAUGCGGGAUACGGCGGAUAUUAUGGCCCUCCUCAUCCUCACCACCAAGUGCACGCGGUCCAUCAUGCAAGUUUACACUCGCAUCAUCACGCGGUGGGUGCCCUGGCAAUACCGGCGGAAGCCCAGCAACCACCGCUCACAUGUCCCUCGUCCAUGCAAAGUCAGCAGCAACAGCAGCAGCAGCAACAACAGCCAUCUGUACCGACGUCGACCAUUCUGGGAUCCACGCCUCUGUCGCCGUCUAUAAUGCAGAAUCACGUGCAACCGCCGGACACGCUUCAGCAUCACCAGCAACAACACGAGAACAAUGCUUGCAGUCCAGUCGGUUCGGGUCAAUUGCAUCGGGAUAACUCGCCUGAUCUUCAGGCGCAGCAGUCGUUGUCUCAACAAUCCCAGCAUAUACAGAGUGGCCAGCAACAGACGCCGCAGCAACAGCACCAUAUAGAAGAUAACUCGGAUGUGGACGACAUGGAGGAUGGCCAGAUGGAGAGCCCAUCGGGAUUAGACGAGGAAGAGGAAGAUGAAGAGAACAAAGAUCGCACCAUUUAUCCGUGGAUGAAAAAGAUUCACGUCGCGGGCGUCGCGAAUGGCUCGUACCAACCUGGCAUGGAGCCAAAGCGACAGAGGACCGCUUACACAAGGCACCAGAUACUCGAGCUGGAGAAAGAAUUCCACUACAAUAGGUACCUGACGAGACGACGACGGAUCGAGAUCGCUCAUUGCCUGGUCCUGUCCGAGCGACAGAUCAAAAUCUGGUUUCAAAAUCGCCGUAUGAAAUGGAAGAAGGAUCACAAGCUGCCGAACACGAAGAACGUGCGCAGAAAGAACGCGAACGGUCAAGCGCCAUCAGCGACUACGGCGAAGUCAGCAAAGGCCUCGACGACGCGGGGCAAGUCCGGCACAGGCAACAACAAUAGCCAAAGGAAAAACAACAACAACUCGCCAUCGAGCGGUAUGGAGAACAGCCUGGACUCGAACAUCGGCCACGACAUGGGCGAAGUUCAUGGGGUCACCUCCAGUCUUCCUCAUCCUGUUGGUGUGGUCCACCCAAGCUUUCAAGGUCACCCUCAUUCUCUGGCUCAUCUCCAAACACAGCUGAGUCAUCACGUGGGUGGAAUAAUGGACGGUCCGACGGGAGGACCAUUGGGACACAUAAGUUCCGGAAGUAUCAGUCCUCUCGCGCCGGCUACCAGCCCUCCUGGAUUGUCGCAAGUAUCAGCCCCCGUAACGCCAUCAGCGAUAAAAUCCGAUUACGGGCUCACGGCACUGUAACAUCCGUUCCAGGGGAUGUACUCGAUCACAUGACUUGAUAACUGCAAUUGACAGUGCCGGUUGAUCCGCCCUCUGCGGAUAAUUCAUUGUUUCUUCUCACGUAAUUGUAUAUUUAUUGCGGAUUGCGUGAAUAUAUAUUAUAGUUUGAGUUUCUCCUCACAAAUAAACUUGUAAGAUCAAAUGUACAGCAGAAGAUUCCUCAAAUCAUAGUAUAGCUCUUUUAAACGAAAUCAACGCAUUUUCAAGUUACGAAAAACAGUAAAUUCAGUUUACUAAGUAUGGCACGAUAGUUUACUGGCAAUCAUUAAAGAUUUCAGUAAAUUGCGAGCAUGUGCGUGCUACUGAAUCAGUUAGUGAUGUUCUCGCUGAUUCACUUUAAGAAAGAGCUUUUUUAAGCUUUUAGACUGCUGAUUGACGAAUUAAACUUGUGAACGAACAUUUCAACAUUUUCUUAGUAUGCUUUUCUUGUGUCAUCUUAUUUUUUUAUAUUCUCAUUUUUAAUAAUUUCUUCUCAAGACUUGUAAUUCAAAACGCGCGAAUAAUCAUCCACUUCCGCCAUUCGCAUAAUAGUACCAAAACAAAAAAAAUCGAUAUUUCAUGAAAUGCAAAUUAUAUGUAUACAAUCAUACAUAUACAAUUUGCAUAUGUAUAUAUGAGUCGAUUACGUGUAUGUAUAUAUUAGUGUAAAGAAGAUUUUAUUGUAACGUUAUUAAAUAGUAUUUACAUUUCGUAUAUUCUUGUCUAAGUGUUAUCAAUGUUUUGCAUUAUAGAUAAAAAGUGGAUUUUCGAAAAAAACUUUUGUUCAUCAUAUAAUUUUUUGCAAAAAGUAUUAGAAAUCAUAUUUCAAAGAUGAUUCUUUAACAUAUAUUACUUCAUGUAAUCUUUAUCAUCUAUUCGAAGAGCAACCUUUAUUAUCGAGAACAAGAUAUUUCAAGGAACAUCUUGGAACACUUGAAGAUAACGGAAAUUAAUGAAAAAAGUAUCAUAAAACUUGAACACAUCCUUCCGCAAAAAAAACUAUACGUUGUAAAUAAUUCGGAAUGAUAGUAUAUAUUUUUACUGAGAGAAGCAAAACCAGGAAUGACCAAUAAUAAUUAGGGUACAAUUACACGGUGGAUGAAUCGGAAGUUGUACUGUUAAGCGAGUAGUAAUCAAACGAUUAAUGCACAGAACCGCUGUGACGAUAUACCAAAACAAUAUUAUUAAAUAUAAGCAGUAGAGCUAAAACCUUAAGGUACAUUAAUUCUAAAGGAUUUAGAAUGAGAGUGUAAUUAGUGGCAGAACAUAGGAAGUAAGUAUAUGAAUUUUGAAGUCGAUCUAUAAAUGUGACGUCGUACCCUUUGCUAUAAUUAUCAAUUGUAUAUAGCAUGUACGAUAAGAAAUGUAAUUGGGCACACAUCAAUGCUUAUGUUUAUAUUGAUCGUAACGAUCGCUGAACUAUACAACGUCAAGUAAAUAAAUGAAUAAAUAAAUGUUUCGUAAUUUACAAUAUAA